AUGGCGGCAAUGGCGAAUCUCGCUAAUACCAUGGAAGCUAAUGCUGCUGCAACUCUGCAAGCUAUGCAGAGAUUAGGCCAACCGGCGGGGAAUGACAAUGGGAACGGAGAAGAAAAUGCCAAUGAUAAUGCUGAGGGAAAUGGCGAUAAUGCGGGAGUAGUUCCGAUGACCUUGUCGACGUUCCUCAAGGUUCAUCCGCCAACUUUCCGAGGAUCCACAAAGCCUAUUGAAGCAGACCACUGGUUCCAGGCUAUGGAGCAUGCUUUACAGGCGCAGCACGUUCCACUCAAUCAAUAUAUAGAGUUUGCUGCUUAUCAACUAGCGGGAGAGGCCCAGCCCUGGUGGCAAGCUGAGUGUCAUUUGCUACAGCUUCAAAACGCCGACAUUCCAUGGGAGGUAUUCCAAACGGCUUUCUACAAGAAGUAUUUCCCUGAGUCUGCAAGGGAAGCGAAGGAGAUGGAGCUAAUGCAGCUGAAGCAAGGUUCCAUGUCUGUGGCUGAGUAUACCAAUAAGUUCGAAGAGCUUUGUAGGUUUUCUCGGGUGUGUCAGGGUGACCUAGAGACUUUCGAGAGCUGGAGGUGCAUUAAGUACCAAGAUAAGCAAGAUCCAAGAUUAAAACUUGAAGUAUAA